GUCAUGCUUGGGACCGCAUGGAGCCUUCUGUAGCCCACCCACCGCCUCCGCGGGGCCGCGUGAACUCGCGCUUGAUGCAAGCGUCCGCCAACCUACAGGCAGUGAACAAGCCCUUCGACGACCCGUCCCUUCGUCAACCCAUGUCGCCCUCACCCACGCGGCAGUCGCCCACACUCAAGCGCAAGCAACCCAUCUACGCCGCUCCUCCUGCUGCUUCAACCAGCAACACGGCAUCAUGUUGUGCUUCUUCCACCACGUCCUUCAACGACACUGGCCCCGUCCUCGUGCACGUAUCCAAGACCCAUCUCCAUGCAGUGUACGGCGGCACGAUGGGGUUCUACACCAUUUGGCUCGCCGUCCCGUGCGAGUCCACCGUGGUGAUCCAUUUACUCGUCCAGAACGACCGGACUCGCUCCGUCCGGCUCUCCGCUUCGCGCAUUUGCUUUACCCCAACGACGUACGGGCUCCCUCAAGCUGUGGGAGUCCAGGCCGUGGACGUGACCCGCGAUGACGACAUUUGCAUCCAACAUCGCAUAUUCAGCCAGGACGAGCGCUUCGACCAGCUGGACGUCCAUCCGAUCCACGUCACCGUGUUCGGCAACGAAGCGGCGUUCGUGUGGUCGUUUGGGGGCGAUGCGAUUUUGCAGGACGUGACGACCAACACAUUUGCUCGACGGACACCGCUGCUGAUCCCCGGGAUGAAGGAGCCGCCUGCACCAUCGGGCCACGACCCAAGCACCCUCCUCGUCCCAUCCCCUGCUUCUUCUUCCGCUUCCCAUCCCCCAAGAGACGUCUACUUUAGCUCGCUUGCGUGCGGAGAAAACUUCACCGUGGUCGCGAGCUCCCAGUCGUGCGUCGCCUUUGCGUUUGGCCAAGGUACCGAUGGUGAACUGGGCAACCACGCCAGCUUUAGCACGAAAACCCCAUGCCUGUUGCCGUCGCACUUGUUUGCUACGCCCCAGGAACGCCCCUCUAUUGUAUCCCUCAGCUGCGGAAAGCACCACGUGGCGGUGGCCACUCGCGCUGGCCAACUGUUUACGUGGGGCAGCGGUCGAUUUGGGCAGUUGGGCCAUUGCAACUACUUGGACAUCAACGCCCCCAAGCCCGUGCAGUUUGACAAGGCGGACACGGCCAACGCGAUGCUCAUGGACGGCACGAUCGUCGUGUCUGUGGCCUGCGGAGGGUUUCACACGCUCGCCAUCACAGACGUCCAGCACGUGCUCGCGUUUGGGCACAACAAGGCGGGUCAGCUAGGCUUUGGGCACCGCCAAUCUCGAACGGAGCACGGCUGGCGCAGUUGUGUGCCAAGUCGAGUGGAAAGUCUGGUGGACCAUGCCAUCCACCAAGUGGCGGCCGGAGUGCACCACAGCGCAUGUAUUUCCACACACGGCGAUUUGUUUACGUGGGGAUGCGGCGUGGAUGGACGCCUCGGACACAAUUCAUCCGUGACAUUCAGCGUCCCCACGCUCGUCGUGGCCGUCCAAUUGCUCCAAAUCUUACCCAAAAUGGUGCGAUGCGGCGGGCGGCACACGGCGUUGAUCAGCGACGGCGACGUAUUGUACUCGUGGGGCGCGAAUGACUUUGGGCAGCUGGGCGUAGGAGACGUCCGGUCUCGGCUGUCUCCUACGCUCGUGACGUUUCCUACGGCGUCUCCUAUCCUGGAGGUCAGUUUGGGGCACUUUCACUCGGCAGCAAUCAACGCCCUUGGAGAUGUAUGGACGUGGGGAUACGAUAUCAACGGGGGGCUUGGGAUGGAGAGCGAUGGGUCGGUUCAUUUGAAGCCGGUUCAGGUGACGGCGUUAGCUGGGUACGGGGCUGUCCAAAUUCAGUGCGGAUGGACCCACACGACUGUGCUUACGAAGCGCCACCACCCGAUCAAACGCCCUACUCCCCCUGGCUCUCGUCGGGGAGGGGGGUCGACCAACCAGCUGGACGUUGCGGGGGGAGGAGGGGGGGAGGGGGGUCCUCUGACCAGUACGACCACUAGACCUAUAACUAGUCGCCCGACGCGACAGAAGCAACCGCCCACGACACCCCCAACGACACACGAUGAUUUGACAGUAGUACAGCCACCGCCCAAUACGUUGCAAACAUUGCACAAACGCAUGCUCAUGCAACGUUUACGACGCCCGCAAUCGGCGGCGGCCCACCCUCGUGCAAGAAUUGUACCGGCAGACUCGACGGAAGCCCACGGCAACUCGAGGCGGCCAGUCCACAUCAGUACCCCCCACCCCUAUUUACGAAAAAAGCCCCCCCACCCCCCCAAGGCCGCCAAGCCCCCGCGUCCGCAAACGGCGAGGCCAGCAGAUAGACAACCAACUAAACAAGUUGUACAGAAACUUCAUGGGGGAAAGGUCGAGCGACCCAAGACGUUACCUCGACGACCUCGGAGUGCCCUCCAUCAACGAGUAUUCACUCGACAAGCACCAGUGAUGCCCAUGACUACACCAAGGCAGUACCACCCCCCACCCCCUAAGCAACAACUUCCCAUAGAAGAACGACCAGUGGACGACGUAAACAACAAGAUGGCGCCCCCUCCAACGAUGAGCUUGGAGCAGUGGACGUUCUUGACCAAUUCAAGUUCAAAUACAUCAGGUCCGACCAUGUCGUCGCUGUCGACUGACGACAUAUCGUCGAGGGAAGCAGCCCCAUCGAAGCACGGGCAAACUCGACCAAAAAGCGCCGCGGUGGUGAGAUCAUCACCGUUGCCGCUGGCGUUGACGUUGGAAAUGGAACGAGAAAGAAAGCGAGUCAUGGAGAUUGGAGAGUCUGUCCUGAAAGAAACCCAACACCAGCCGCACCGUCGGCGACUGUGGCUGCGGUAG